AUGCAAGCAACACCCAUGACGCUCCCGACAGAAAUGGAUCUCGAUAUGGAGAUCGAGCGCCCUCAAAUAGCUUCUGCUCCUAGCAAAGAGGAUUCCCAUGUCAUGAUACCCUCCGUCGACCACAUGGACGUAUCACCCGGAGCAACAGUAGGUUCACAAUCGGCGGCGCUCGCAAAAGAAUCCAUCUCUUCGGGUUCUUCUCUGACGCCGCAGCAGAUCGAUGAAUCGUCUCAGAAAGUCCACGCCGCUCCAGCAGCAGCUCAGUUCCCUCCAGCAGCAGCUCCCAGCGCAACAGCCACAGAUCAACAAGCCCCACCUCGCAUCGUCAAGAUCCAUCUGCGCCGCUACACCAGGGCUGAGCUGGCCGACCGCACGCUGAAGAAGACCGGCUUCUACACCACCGGCUCCCCCAUCGCCGGCCCCAACGACCUCAAGGGCAUGGUGGACAAGAAGGGCAUCUCCUACUGCAAGGCGCGCGGCGACAUCCUGAUGUUCGACGACCUCGAAACCCUGCGCGUGUUUGUGAGCCGCUACAUGGGCGACGUCUCUGCAGCUCCCAACAAUUCUGCGCCCGUCGGGAUGCGAGGCCUCGAUCUCCGCUCGCUGGUCGUCGCGUGGAAGAAGGUGCCCGGCACGUGCGACCUGACGUAUGCCACCAUGAUAAACCGUGAGCUCUUCCCGGCUACGCUCAACAGGCUCCUUGGUAUCUCGCAGGCUCAUCCAAGUCCCUUGUUCAGGCAUAUGCCUCGACCGAUCGGCCGCUUGUUGGAGGUGGUUGAGCAGUUGGGGAACGUGAAGGAGGUUACGCUGGUCUAUGCGACGGAGCAUGAGAGAGAUGAUUGUAGAUGGGGCCAGCUGGUUACGGGAGAUGCGAUCCAGGCUUUCUUCCUCCCGAUCUUUGUCCGUAAUUGGAAGGAGACGCUGAAUAAUCUGUGGACGUGGUUAGACUGUCCGGUCUACACUUGGAUGCGGAUGCAGAAGGGCUCUUGGAACUACGUCCUCAGGUUCAACGAUAUCACGGAGAAGGAGCUUCUAGCUUAUGGGGUUGGGAACUCGGACGUUGAGGAGGAGGAGAUGGAUGAUAGCGAUGAUGGAGACGGUACAGAAGACGAUAAGGGUGCUGGUGAAGGAGACGACAGCCCGGGAGUGGGUUUGGGUCCUGUGGAUGGGCCUCCUGGACUGUAUCAGUCUGAUAACGGCUGGGAUACCAUUAAAGACCAUGGGGAGGGUGCCCCCUGGAGAGACAUUCAAGGAAGUGCAGAGAUCGGUAGCUGGUUCGCUGAUAAGGGUGUGGUUGAACACGAGGUCUGGGAUGUAUUUCUAGAGGAGGUUGAUGCGACCGACUUCUACUUGUAG